AGACAGCUGGAGAUGCAGUUGGCAUUUGUUAAAACUGAUUUAAACAAAGUAAAUUUACCAAAAAAAAAUGCAGCGCGAGGAGAAGCACUUUGAAAUGACGCUGGAUGCGGUUGUGCAGCGUCUAAAUGAUUUAAAAUUGGCAGUGCUUUCGAUGAUACAGAAACUGGAAAUGGAAUACAUGGAUAUCAAUUGGCCAACGUUCCUCGAUAACUUUGCCAUCAUCUCCAGCCAUUUAACCGGUUUGACCAAAAUCCUGGCGAAGGAGCAGUGUCCGCCGCUGCGUAAUCGCACCGUGCUGCCCCUGCUCGUGGCCAUGGAUCGGGACGAGACGUUGGUCAACAUCACUGAGGGACGUGUGCCUGUUUUCUCGCACGACAUUGUGCCCGACUAUCUGCGCACCCGACCCGAUCCAAUAACGGAAACGAAGAUGCAACAGAACGAACAGAAAGCGGCGAAUCUCACCAACGAUGCGGCUAUGAAGCAGGUGACACAGUACAACAAGGUCGUCUCCCAUGUGCUCGAGAUGGUGAGCAAGGCCCGCGAAGAGUGGGAAAUUGAGUCCAGCUCUCGCACAGGCAUUCAGCAAACGAGCAGCAUGACGGACACACAGCUGCUGGUGGCUGCCGUUGGCAUGGGCAAGGGCCUGCAAUUUAAGACGUAUGGUCCCGGCCCUGGUGGACCGGGCAUGAUGGUGCCGCCAUCGAUACGGGGACAAACACCACCGAUGGGCGGUCCGUCUAUGAGUCCCGGCAACGUGCAACAGCAGUUGGGCAAAGCGCCGUCGGCGGUGAAGACCAACAUAAAGUCAGCGAAUCAGGUGCAUCCCUUCUCUCGGUAG